AUGGCCGCUACAGCAGAAGCUGCUAACAAUAACAAUAUCAAUAUCAAUAUUAAUAACCCCCAUCUCUACGAAGGAGAGAGACUGGAGACCAUCGCCGGAUACCCGACUCUGUUCAAGUUCCUCCCUGCUCGCGACCAUUCAGCCAGCAACAACAAGAAUAGACCUCCUCUGAUGGUCUUCAUCCCCGGCGCCUCUCAUCUCGCCCGGAUCGCCUACGGCGGACACAAGGGCUACGACCCCAGAAACUUCCUCGCCUACUGGCUCAACGCCGCUGGGUACGACGUCCUGGCCAUCUCGUACCCGCUGGAGACAACCAUCAUGGCCCCGCAUCAUCCCGACUUCCGCGUCCCCGCCUGGGGCCAGCAAGCGGCGAUGACGACGCGGAAGGUCGUCGACGAGAAUGCCCUGUCCGGCGAAGUGGUCCUCCUCGGAUGGAGCAUGGGCGGCAAGAUCCUCAAGCCGUUUAUGGCGUCUGCGCGCGAGUGCGGGUUGCGUGUGAAGCUGUUUGUUGCGCUGGCGGCCACGCCGGGUGGGAUUACGGGCUUGCGCGCGUAUCCCGCUGGCAUUCGGCGCACGGCGGCUGGGUAUGCGACCUGUGCGGGGUUUGCGGAGGCGUUUCUGAGGCAGAUCCAUGAGCAGCAGAGACAAGAGGGUGAGAAUGCGCCCGCCAUCAUCGACGACGACGUCUUCCUUAGGGAGUAUUUCGGCCAUACCCCCGUGCGUCUGACCUCAUGGGGGUUGACCUAUCCGGACAGCAGCAACGGUAAGAACAAUAACAACAAUAAUAUUGACGACUCAGGCUUCAUCCCCGAUGAAUGGGAAGCUCUGCGCGACGCAGGUCCCACCGAUCAAGAUAUCAGGGGAUAUCCCUUCAUCGGAUCGAUUCGACCGACGUCCAUGCUGGACACGCGGCAUACCCUCUGCGACAGCGCCAACUGGGGGAUGAACCUGACGCUGAAGCUCACCGCGGACGUGACGAAGGCGCUUAGCAGUAGCCAUCGUAGCUCCUCAUCCUCAUCUCAGGAUGAAAAAGAGCAUUGGUGGAACAAACUUACAGACCUGGUCUACUCUGCUCCGGCGCAGAUGACGACAGAAACGGUCAAGGGGACGCAUUUCUUUUUUCUUGGAAAGACGGGCGCAAGAGCGACGGCUGAAGCGAUUGUGCGGUUGAUUGAGAAGAUGGAGCGGAUUCAGAGGGAGAUGGUGGAGUUAUUGGCGAAGUUGAGCUGA